CAGUACGGUUGGGUACCAGCUUAAGUAGGCUACAGUCAGCCUGUUCUCUGUGUUUCCCUCUGGUCCGUGUUUACAUUAACCCUCCAAGAUGUCGAAGCCGCUGUCAGAUCACGACCGGAAGAAGCAGAUUUCGGUGCGUGGCCUCGCUGGAGUUGAGAACGUGACAGACCUCAAAACCAACUUCAACCGCCACCUCCACUUCACGCUGGUUAAAGACAGAAAUGUUUCCACAAAGCGGGACUAUUAUAUGGCUCUCGCCCACACCGUGCGCGAUCAUCUGGUUGGCAGAUGGAUCAGAACCCAGCAGCACUAUUACGAGAAAGACCCCAAACGUGUCUACUACAUCUCCCUGGAAUUCUACAUGGGCCGCACCCUGCAGAACACCAUGGUGAACCUUGGACUGGAGAAUGCCUGUGAUGAGGCCAUGUACCAGCUUGGUUUGGAGAUGGAGGAGCUGGAAGACUUGGAGGAGGAUGCUGGUCUUGGAAACGGUGGCUUGGGUAGACUGGCUGCUUGCUUCCUCGACUCCAUGGCAUCCCUGGGUUUGGCUGCAUAUGGUUACGGUAUCCGUUAUGAGUUUGGAAUUUUCAAUCAGAAAAUUGCACAUGGCUGGCAGGUUGAGGAGGCCGAUGACUGGCUUCGUUAUGGCAACCCUUGGGAGAAAGCUCGUCCAGAAUACAUGAGGCCAGUGCAGUUCUUUGGCAGGACAGAGCACCAUCCUGAUGGCGUGAAAUGGGUCGACACCCAGGUGGUUUUGGCCUUGCCAUACGACACCCCUGUGCCAGGAUACAGGAACAAUAUUGUGAACACCAUGCGUCUGUGGUCUGCCAAGGCUCCCUGUGAUUUCAACUUGAAAGACUUCAAUGUUGGUGGUUACAUUCAGGCUGUGCUGGGCAGGAAUGUGGCAGAGAAUAUCUCCCGUGUCCUGUACCCAAAUGACAACUUCUUUGAAGGGAAGGAGCUACGUCUGAAGCAGGAGUACUUUGUGGUGUCUGCCACCCUGCAGGACAUUGUCCGCCGUUUCAAAGCCUCCAAGUUUGGCAGUAGGGAGAUUGUGCGUACUGACUUCAGUGAGCUGCCUAAGAAGGUGGCCGUCCAGCUGAAUGAUACUCACCCAGCCCUGGCCAUCCCCGAGCUGAUGAGAGUGCUGGUGGACGAGGAGAAGUUGCCCUGGGAUAAGGCCUGGGAAGUCUGCGUGAAAACAUGUGCCUACACUAAUCAUACAGUCCUGCCUGAGGCCCUGGAGCGCUGGCCCAUUGAUCUGUUCCAUAACCUGCUGCCUCGCCAUCUUGAGAUCGUCUAUGAGAUCAACAGGCGCCAUAUGGAGCGUGUUGCAUCCAAGUUCCCUGGUGACAAUGACCGCUUGGCGCGUAUGUCUCUGAUUGAGGAAGGAGGCGGGAAGAGAGUAAACAUGGCUCACUUGUGUAUUGUCGGGUCCCAUGCAGUCAAUGGAGUGGCCCGCAUUCACUCUGACAUCCUCAAAGCAACCCUGUUUAAGGACUUCUAUGAGAUGGAUCCCCAUAAGUUCCAGAACAAGACCAAUGGUAUCACUCCCCGUCGCUGGUUGGUCAUGUGCAACCCUUCACUUGCAGAAAUCAUUGCAGAGAAAAUUGGAGAGGACUACAUCCGUGAUCUUGACCAGUUGAGAAAACUUGAGAAAUUUAUUAACGAUGAGGCUUUCAUCCGUGAUGUUGCCAAAGUCAAACAGGAGAACAAGAUGAAGUUUGGCGCUCACCUCGAGGAGCACUACAAGGUUAAGAUCAAUCCUAACUCCAUGUUUGACAUCCAAGUCAAGAGAAUCCACGAGUACAAGAGACAGCUGUUGAACUGCCUGCACAUCAUCACCUUCUACAACCGUAUCAAGAAAGAGCCCAAUAAGGCAUGGACACCAAGAACUGUCAUGAUCGGCGGAAAGGCUGCACCUGGCUACCACACAGCCAAGAUGAUCAUCCGUCUCAUCACUGCCAUUGGUGAGAUAGUCAAUCAUGACCCUGUUGUGGGUGACCGUCUGAAGGUCAUCUUCCUGGAGAACUACAGAGUCACCCUUGCUGAGAAAGCCGUUCCUGCUGCCGACCUCUCAGAGCAGAUCUCAACCGCGGGCACAGAGGCGUCUGGCACCGGCAACAUGAAGUUCAUGCUGAACGGUGCCCUCACCAUUGGCACUAUGGAUGGUGCCAAUGUGGAGAUGGCAGAGGAGGCUGGCAUGGACAACAUCUUCAUCUUUGGCAUGAGAGUUGACGAUGUGGAUGAGAUGGACAAGAAGGGUUACAAUGCCUAUGACUACUACAACCGCAUCCCAGAACUGAAACAAGCCAUUGACCAGAUCGCCAACGGUUUCUUCAGUCCCAAGCAGCCUGAUCUCUUCAAGGACAUUGUCAACCUACUAAUGCACCAUGACAGAUUCAAGGUGUUUGCUGACUAUGAAGACUACAUCAAAUGUCAGGACAAAGUCAGUGCUCUGUACAAGAACCCCAAGGAAUGGACCAAGAAGGCGAUCUAUAACAUUGCUGGCAGUGGCAAGUUCUCCAGUGACCGCACCAUUGCCCAGUAUGCCCGAGAGAUCUGGGGCAUGGAGCCCACGUUGGAAAAGAUCGCUGCUCCAGAUGACCCUAAGUAAAUGCCUUGCUCUCAAGAGUCUCCUGCCAAGCAUAGCACUUUGGAAUUGUGAGGAGAUUUAAAAAUGGAACAUCAGAGAGAGAAAAGUGUUAAUUAAGCUUAUUGAGGAAUUCUCUUAAGUUCUGAAUAAAAGCCUGCAUUGCUGUGUUCCUCUGCUAUUGUCAAGUAUACAGCCAUACACUUAUGCUUUUAGACUCACCCUCAACCCAGACAUGCUAGAAGCAAUAUAUCCAAUAGUAUCAGAGCCACCAAGAAAUGGAUACAUUUCACCAUCUUUCUAUUUUAUGAUGUACAAUAAAUGACAUCACAAAAACAAGACAGUUUGGUGUUACUCAUGGUAUUACUCUAGGUCCUUAAUGAAGUCGCAUAGUCAGUCAGGUGGGUAGAACACUGCCUUUUAUUUACCCUUCUGAAGAGUGUGUCUUACUCUGAUCAGUUUACCCCAUAUGUACAAGAUGUUUUUGUAUGAAUGUAUUGUAAUCUGUUGGAAGCUUGGGAAUCUUGUUUGAACACAGGCAUAUCACCAGGGCCAGAAACACCUCAAAACUGUCUGCCAAGCAGUCAUUGUGCCCAACUGAAGUGUAUCGUAUUUUUCAAGAAACUUGUAUUAAACUACUAUAAACACUU